AUGAAAUUUUCAACUGUUUUCCAAUUAGCUGCUAUUACUGCCAUUGCUUCAGCCGCACCUGCUAAAAGAGAUGUUUUACCAACUGCUGCUUUAAGUGCUGUUCCUGAUGGAGUUGUUCCAACUGGUGUUGUUCCAACUGGCGUUAUUCCAUCCGGUUUACCAACUGAUGUUCUUCCAACUGGUAUUCUUCCAUCUGGUUUACCAACUGAUGUUAUCCCAACUGGUGUUCUUCCAACUGCUUUACCAACUGAUGUUAUUGGUGAUUUACCAGACAUUUCAAGUAUCCCAGGUUUAUCUGAAAUUUUAAAUCUUUUAAGUGUUCUUGCUCAAUUAUUAGGAACUGUUGGUGACUUACCAAUCAUUGGAGAUUUACCAAUUGUUGGUGAUUUAUUAAAAGCUCUUGGUGAAUUACCAACUGAAAUUACUAGUGCUGUUCCAGGUUUAUCAUCAAUUACUUCAACUGUUGGUGAUGCUACUGGUGCUGCUUCUGGUGUCACAGGUGCUGCUUCUGGUGUUACUAAUCAAUUAUCUGGUUUAACUUCAUUAGCUAAAUUAGCUGAAUCUCCUUACUCCAACUCAACUAAUUCAACUAUUUAG